AAGAAUUUGGCUGUGUUUUGACAGCAGUUUGUCACAGUGCACCUGCAGACAGACGCAGAGCACAAAGUGAGACAGCAAGUCGCGGAGGCUGCAGGGCUGCGCUCUUCCUCACCUUCUCUGCUGUGAACGUGUUAUUUCCAUCUGAGCUCACGCCUCCGCCCUCUCUGUCUCUCUCUGUCUCUCUUUCUCUCUCUCUCUCGCUUUCUUUCUAUCUUUUAUCUGAGGCAGUAGGGGCCACAGUGCGCUCUUCACUCACCCUACUUUCAAAGUCAUCUCUCUUCUGGAUAAAUGGAGACAACCUGAGCCUCUGUUUUGGAUUAAUGCUGAACCAACCGGUUUAAAGACAAAAACAAAACAAACCGUCGGACCUUGGCCAAGUUUUAUCUCCCUUUAGACAACUCCCCGCAUCUCAGGGUGUCCGAGAUGGAAAAUGGGACAUGUGAUGAGGUGGAGGUGCUGUGGGAGAAGGUGGAUUGCAAACGUUACGAACUGUGUCGCACCAUCUCCCCGGCGAAGCUCACCCCCUACCUGCGGCAGUGCAAAGUCCUGGACGAGCAGGACGAGGAUGAGAUCCUCAACUCCAUGCUGCUGGUCUCCAAAGCAAACCGCACAAGCCGUCUACUUGACAUCCUCCACACUAAAGGAGAGCGGGGGUAUGUGGUGUUUCUGGAAAGUCUUGAAUUUUACUACCCUGACCUGUACAAGCUGGUCACAGGGAAGGAUCCCACAAGACGCUUCUCCACCAUCGUAGUGGAGGAGGGUCACGAGGGUCUGACCCAGUUCCUGAUGAACGAGGUGAUGAAGCUGCAGCAGCAGUCCAAAGUGAAGACCCUGCAGCACGUUGAGCUCAGCAGGAAGAACUGCACCCUGGAGGACGAGCAGAAGAAGCUGCGACUGGCCAAUCAGGAGCUUCAGGCCUUCCAGCAGAGGAACAACAAGUUGAGGGAGGAACGAAACGCCUACAGUGACGAACUGUUGAGAGUGAAGGAUGAAAACUACAAACUGGCCAUGAGGUACGCCACGCUGAGCGAGGAGAAGAACAUGGCUGUGAUGAGGAGCCGAGACCUGCAGCUUGAGGUUGAUCAGUUGAAGCACAGACUGAACAAAGUGGAGGAAGAGUGUAAGAUGGAGAGGAAACAGAGUCUCAAGCUGAAGAACGACAUCGAGAACCGGCCCAAGAGAGAGCAGAUCUUUGAGCUGGAGAGAGAGAACGAAAUGCUCAAGAUCAAACUACAGGAGCUGCAGUCCAUCAUACAGCCUGGCCCACUACCUGCAUCAGACAAGGCCAUCCUUGACAUUUUGGAACAUGACAGACAGGAAGCACUAGAGGACAGACAGGAUCUGGUCAACCGCCUUUACAACCUCCACGAAGAAGUCCGACAGGCAGAGGAACUACGAGAUAAGUACCUGGAGGAGAAGGAGGAUCUAGAGCUGAAGUCCUCCACACUGCAGAAGGACUGUGAGAUGUAUCGCAACCGCAUGGAGACCAUCACCGCACAGUUAGAGGAGGUGGAGAAGGAGCGGGACCAGGUGAAAGCACACGGACAAACACGUUUUUCAAAGAUGAAUGUUUUGCUGCUGUCGUUUUCGUGGUUCAUUUCCCCUCCUAUUUUGUCGCAGGCGUUUCGAGCCAGAGACGACGCCCAGCACCAGUUCUCCCAGAGUCUCAUCGACAAAGACAAAUAUCGCAAACAGAUCAGAGAGCUGGAGGAGAAGAGCGAUGAGCUCCACAUCGAGAUUGUACGCAAAGAAGCCAAGCUGGUCACCCUGGAGUCUCGCCUACGACGGCUGUCCAAGGACAUCGUCUUGGACCAGCAGACUCUGCCGAGGGACCUGCCUCCCACCAUCGUCUCUCAGGCGGAGGACUUCAAACCCAUCCAGGUCCAAUCAGAGUGGUCCAGCGAUGAGUCGCCGGAGGAGAAGUUCCCAUCUGAUGAGCCUCGCCUCAAACGCAGACCCAACCUUAAAGCAGGGAUCAGAGUUAGGUCUCCAGUCUGUGUACCCAAAGACCUUCAUGUCAACUCAGAGGCCACUCAGUCCAGAGCUCUGUCAGUUAAUGGAGGAGAUUUUCCGGAAGUCCCGAUGCGAAACUUGCACAUCAAGAGCAUCUCCCUCCCUCCCUCCCCGAGCGUCCCGAUCUCCCCCACAUAUCCACCCUUCUCCGCUCCCAUCCUCUCCUCCUCCUCCCCGUCCCCCUCUUCACUCCCCAUGGGAGACCAGUCCAACAGGCCAAAUAUGCUGCGUUACCGUGGUGACAGCAUCCUGUCCACACUGCCUGAGCCGCCAGAGAAAGCAUCGCUCUACCGCAGAGAGAGGGAGAAGGAGCACGACUUCCGACCCCGCAGCCACUCUGACUUUGAUAGCGACAACAUGGAAAUGGAGUUUGAGGAUGAAGUGCAGCGUGGUCCGCCCUCUGUUCACUCAUCUUCAUCUUCCCAUCAGUCAGAAGGGAUGGACACCUACGACCUGGAGCAGGUCAACAACAUCUUCAGGAAACUCUCUCUGGAGCGGCCGUUCCGUCCGUCUCUGUCCUCCUUUUCCAGGAUCAGCUCUUCCCUGAAGCCGGUGCAGGAGCUGACGUUGCUAGGCGACAACCUGCUAAAGGACAUCACUCUGGUUGGCGGCAACGACAGCGGGAUUUUCAUCUCAGCCGUCCAGUCGGGCUCCAUCGCUGAGAAGGCGGGGCUACGAGAGGGCCACCACCUCCUGUUGCUCGAGGGAUGCAUACGUGAAGAGAACCAAAGCAUUUCAUUGGACACCAGCACUCAGGAGGAGGCCCACUGGACGCUGCAGCACUGCUCUGGACCAGUCAAGCUGCACUAUCGAGCCAACUUUGACUCUUACCGUCGUCUCCAGAGGGACAUUGCAGAGGGCCCACUGGUUUCUGGCGACUCCUUUCACAUACGAGUCAACCUCAACAUUUCCGGCCAAUCAGACAGCUGCUCCCUGAACGUGCACUGUGAUGAGGUCGUGCAUGUGCUGGACACCAAGCACCAGGGCCGCAGCGAGUGGCUGUGCGCUCGUGUUGACCCCUACAGCGGCUCCGACCUGCCCGAGCGAGGCACCAUACCCAGCAACUCACGGGCUCAGCAGCUGCUCCUGGUAAAGAUUCAGAAGUUAGUGUAUCGAGGGGGGAGAGAAGAGAAUGAAUCUCACCGCAACAGUAGAAUCAGUCUACAGCCAGAGGAGCCCAGCCCGUCUGCUGAUCCUAAAGCCAGCCCACGUUUGUCCAGAGCGAGCAUCUUCCUCACUCAGAUACUUCAGUUUGUCAGCAGGGUGGAUAUCAAAUACAAGCGAAUGAACAGCAAUGAGCGAGUGAGGAUCAUCAACUCAAGCAGCACAACACUACCCAGACAAGGUUUCGAGGCGCUUCGACCAGAGGAUGCUGCUGACCCGGACAGUGAGCUGAGCCGGAGUUUGAACCUGAUUCCCUACAGUAACGUCACCUCCCAGCGGGCCCUGAGGAAAAGGCCGGUCCUGUUCACUCCCACUGCUCUCGCCAAAACCAUUAUCCAGAAAAUGCUCAACAUGGGGGCAGCCAUGGAAUUCAAUACCUGCAAACCAGACACUCUGUCCAAAGAGGAGUUUCAUCUGAAGCAGAAUGUGGAGCCCUUCAUUCACUACAAAGAGAAACAAGCCACAUUUGAAUGCAUCACCCGAGAAAACAUAGAGGCCGUCGCUUCAAAGGGCAAACACUGCCUGCUGGAGGCUGAGCUGAGCUGCGUCAAAGACCUCCUGCGGAGGGAAAUCUACCCGAUCAUUAUCCACGUCAAGAUUUGUGAGAAGAAUGUCAAGAAGUUACGGAAGCUGCCUCUGCGCGUGGAGUCGGAGGAGGAGUUUGUGAAGACGUGUCGGGCAAAAAUGAAGGAGCUGGAGGGCAUUCCCUGCCUGUACGCCACGGUGGAACCGGAGGCCUGGGCAGGGACGGACGACCUCAUCAGGGUCAUCAAAGAGCGAAUACAGGAGGAGCAGAAGAAGAUGGUCUGGGUGGAGCAGGACCUCCUGUAGACACGCACAACAGCACCCGAGCACCAGAAAACACCCGUGUACAUCACGCUUCUGUGCAUAUAUAUUUAUGCUCAGACUCAAAAAUGCACUCACACAGCUUUAUUAAAGUAAAUGCAUUAUAUAUUUUGUAAAUGUGCGUCUAACUUUGAUUUAAAGUAAUAAAAACGUGUAAAACAUCAAAA